AUUUUGCUUUUGUUUAUAAAAGCACAAGUCCCACACGACUCGCCUCUUCUGCUAAAUAGCAAACGCAAACCCCUUCUGUGAGGCAGAAGCAGCAUCAGCCGCCAUGGUGAAGUACUCCAGGGAGCCCGACAAUAUCACCAAGUCCUGCAAAGCAAGGGGUUCUGACCUCAGAGUUCAUUUCAAGAACACGAGGGAAACUGCAUUUGCUAUCAGAAAGUUGCCCCUAGUCAAGGCAAAGAGGUAUUUGGAGGAUGUUCUGGUCCACAAGCAGGCCAUUCCCUUCCGCCGUUUCUGUCGUGGUGUUGGGCGUACUGCUCAGGCAAAGAACAGGCAUUCCAAUGGACAGGGACGCUGGCCUGUCAAAUCUGCCAAGUUCAUAUUAGAUUUGCUUAAGAAUGCUGAGAGCAAUGCUGAAGUGAAGGGUUUGGAUGUUGAUUCGCUAAUUGUAUCUCACAUCCAAGUCAACCAAGCACAGAAGCAAAGGCGCAGAACCUACAGGGCUCACGGAAGAAUCAACCCCUAUAUGUCAUCCCCCUGCCAUAUUGAGCUGAUUUUGGCCGAGAAGGAAGAGCCUGUCAAGAAAGAGCCUGAGAGCCAGUUGGCAACUAGCAAAUCUAAGAAGUCUCAAGCUCUACGAAGCGGUGCUUCCUCGUAAAGUGUCACAAGAAAUCGAAGAGGCAUUAUCGAUUCAUCGUUUGCAUUGAUAUGGUUUUUGGCUGCUUUUUAUAUAGUUUGAGAUGUUGUGUAGACAAUUUUUGGUACUCGUGUUUUAGUUUCAGAUUAUGUUAUGUUUUGUUGGAGAAUAUGCUUGAAAGUCGAUGUUUAUCAUAAUUAGACCCCAUCAAUAUCAUGAGCCUUUUAUAUA